AGAGUUGACAGAAGAAGAGGAGAAGGGAGAAGAAGAGAGAGUUAAAGACAGACUGAACUGAGUAUCAGUCUCUCUUCUUCUCCUCUGACACAACAGAAAAAAGUCAUGGCUGAGAACAACACAAAUGUCUUUCUGGAAAUACUUCAGUCUUUCGAUGCUGUCCCUCUGAUCAUAGCUUUCUGUGUGUCCAUGGCGGUGGGCCUGGUCUUGGGGGCCCUCAUUUACGUGAUCCUGACCUGGAUGUCCCGACGCAGAGCAGGCUCUGCCAGCAUCACCCGCCGCCCGCCUCGCCAAUCGCGCACCUCCCCUCGAUCCCGUCCAGGCUUCAACCGCAACAGCAGCUACGACCGGCGGAGCAACAACAGUUUGGUCAGUGCUGCUUUUAGCUUCCACCGCCAGACUUCCUCACCAGAUCACCUCGACCCACUGGGGCACAAAUCCAGCUUUAGGGCCUCAACCUUCCAUCCUCUCCUCCAGUGCAGCCAAAUCGCAAGGGAGGCAGAGGAGGGGAGCCAGACCACACUGCCUCGGACACCGACCUUGACAACCUCAGCUGGAUCGGCUCAAACAGCGGCUCAUCCAGCUGCCACCCCACCCAGACCUGAGUCAUUUUGGGGGAACAAUGGCCUCAGGGGUUUCCAAGCUACACAGACCCCACCUCCAGCGUAUGAGAGCAUUAUUAGGGCUUAUCAGGAAACAUGCACCUGAGAGGAGGGAGAGCGCCAGGCUGACAUUAACUGAAUGAGCCCAGAGUUGUAAAUGGAUUUACAAAUGAUAUUGGACUAAAUCUGUACUGAUUUGUAUGACCAGGUGGAUCUGGGUGGAAAGACCAAGGAAGUCAAGGUCAUUGAGUAUCCUGCUCAUACAGCAACAAUUACACUCUGAACCAAAAAAUCCAUUUUGUAUGUCUUUUGGUUUGUUAGUAGAUAUCUGUUCUUGACAUAAGCAUACUUGCCUUUCAUCAUUCAAUACUGAUACUUCAACAAUGUUGCAAUGGCUGUUUAAGAACAGAAAUGACUAUAUUUUAAUAAUAGAGUUGCCUGGUGAAUGUACACUAAAGAAUAUGUUGGUGCUGAUCAUGGCAAUGACAUAUAUUGAAGAGAAGAUGCACUACACUCCAAUGAUUUUACUAUAUUACAGAUGUUUUGACCACACUUGGUCUUUCUCAAGGCAAGUUCCCAUGGCCCAUUUGUCCAUUUCUUGUAAUCUUUAAGCUUGGUUAUUGAUACAUCUGAACAUUUUUGGGACAUAGUCUAAAAGGUAUAGUCUUUAUGGUGUGUCUCUUGGUGGUUGUACUUGACACUUGUGUUGAACUUGCCUUAAGAAAGAACUGAGUGUGGCUGAAACGUCAGUCAUAAAAUAAAAUCUAAUAAAAUCUUCUCCUCAAUAUGAAUCUUAACACUAAGCAGUCAGUAUUUAGUGGUGAUUGACAUCCGUGUAUGCUUGCAAAUAAUCUUUGUUUAAUUUAGACAAGGCAAAAAUCUAAAAAUAAAUUUUAUUAUCUAGGUAUUUAUGAUGCAUGGCAAGAUUUCCGGUUUGCCCCUGCUGAUCAUCUGAUAACUAUGCAAAAAAAGAAAGAGAAGCAUGCUGUGUAGCUCAAAGGAAGACAAGUGCUUGUGUGUUAAUCUGUAAUUAAUCAAUUGAAUAUGUGUCAUUGAAAUAUCUUUACAAAACCCUGUUAGGGGCAGAUUUAAAUUUAUUUGAUGUUUUUUUUUUGUUUACUGCCUCACACGUUUUUUGCAGAGCUGUGGUAUGUGGGUGUGUGUGGCAUUCAAAGUAAUUUAGUGUGUGUGUGUUUGCAUGUACAGUAUGUGUGAGCAUGAAAGAGUCACAGAGAAGUGGGCAUUAAGUGUCUGAAGUUCUUUUAUUAUGUAUGUUUGAAUGUAAUUUACUGAAGUUUGCUCAUAAGUUAAUGCAAUAAAAAAAAGAAUUAAAAGUAUGAAAACUGGGUUUUACAUUAAUGGACAUAAUAAUGUAAACACCCUGCAUCAACAACUCUUUUUGUGAAGCGUCUUCUGUGUGAUUACAAGCUUUAUAGAGCUGCAACGAUUAGUCAAUUAAUUGAUUAGUUACCAACUAUUAAAUUCAUCGCCAAGUAUUUUGAUUGUCCAUUUUGACAACUAUUUCUUGAAGGGUGAACUAGUGAACUACAGUGAAGUUUGGGAGGUGAAGGACAGGGGUGCCCUCAGAGCCCUUGAGUUUAGACCCGCCCUCCUCACAGCAGAAACACAUCAUACAGAUAUUUUCUUACAUGUAGAUAAAAUGUGACAUGCUCUCCAGUGGUGGACGAAGUCCUCAGAUCCUUUACUUGAGUAAAAGUAGAAAUACUGUCAUCUAAAAAUACUCAAUUACCAGUAAAAGCCCUGCAUUGAAAAU